UCCUUCCUAGCAACAGCUUCAGCAGCUGCCCGGAAGCUGCGGCCGGAUGUGUUGUUCUUCCCCUUGCAGGUAGAGGCGAUCAGAGGCCCCUGACUGCUCUGACCACCGGUGUCGCUGCGACCCUAGACUGACGCAACCGUGCAGGCCGCGUAGGCCUGCUCCGGUCCUGAGAGCGGAGGAAGGGGAGGAUGCGGCAUCUCUCUACCGGGGGAGCAGGCACGGCCCCCGGACACACAGGACAGGUGGUCCAUCAUCUAAAUGGAGUCUGAGCAGCUGUUUCAGAGAAGCUACUACCGGAACAGUUACAACAGUAUUACUAGUGCAAGCAGUGACGAGGAACUCCUGGAUGGAGCUGGGGGCAUGAUGGACUUCCACACCCUGGAAGAUGACCACUUGCUCGAUGGUGAUGCCUCUCUCGGAACACACUACAGUAUGUCAAAUGGAGGCGGAGCUAACAGUAGCACCCACCUGCUGGAUCUGCUAGAUGAGCCCAUUCCAGGAGUCGGCACUUACGAUGACUUCCAUACCAUCGAUUGGGUGAGAGAGAAAUGCAAAGACCGGGAGCGCCAUCGGAGGAUAAACAGCAGAAAGAAGGAGUCUUCAUGGGAGUUAUCUAAAAGCCUUUAUGACGCUUGGUCAGGAUGGCUAGUUGUAACGCUAACUGGUUUAGCAUCAGGUGCCCUUGCAGGCUUAAUAGACAUUGCAGCAGACUGGAUGGCAGAUUUGAAGGAAGGGAUUUGCUUGGAGAAGUUUUGGUUUAACCAUGAGCAAUGUUGCUGGGACUCAAACGAGGCUACGUUCGACGAGCGAGACAAAUGUCCUAAAUGGAAGACAUGGGCGGAUCUUAUAAUUGGCCAAGCAGAGGGUCCGGGAUCUUAUAUCAUGAACUACUUUAUGUACAUCUUCUGGGCUCUGAGUUUUGCCUUUUUGGCUGUUUGUCUGGUCAAAGUGUUUGCUCCUUAUGCCUGUGGCUCAGGAAUUCCAGAGAUUAAAACCAUUUUAAGUGGAUUCAUCAUCAGAGGUUACUUGGGCAAGUGGACUUUAUUGAUCAAAACAUUCACACUGGUACUUGCUGUGGCUUCAGGCCUGAGCUUGGGGAAGGAAGGUCCAUUAGUGCAUGUUGCUUGUUGCUGUGGAAAUAUAUUUUCGUACCUCUUUCCGAAGUAUAGCACAAAUGAGGCAAAGAAAAGAGAGGUUCUUUCUGCAGCUUCAGCAGCUGGUGUAUCUGUAGCGUUUGGUGCACCUAUUGGCGGUGUCCUGUUUAGCUUGGAAGAGGUCAGUUACUACUUCCCACUGAAGACAUUAUGGAGAUCCUUCUUUGCAGCUUUGGUGGCUGCUUUCAUCUUACGAUCUAUUAAUCCAUUUGGGAACAGUCGGCUUGUGCUAUUCUAUGUAGAGUACCACACUCCAUGGUAUCUAUUUGAACUGAUCCCAUUCAUCCUCCUGGGAGUGUUCGGCGGUCUGUGGGGAGCCUUUUUCAUCCGUGCAAACAUUGCCUGGUGUCGACGUCGAAAGACAACAAAGUUUGGAAAGUACCCAGUGUUGGAGGUUAUUGUGGUGGCUGCCAUUACAGCAGUCAUUGCAUUCCCAAACCCCUACACACGUUUUAACACUAGCCAACUGAUUAAAGAGCUCUUCACAGAUUGCGGGCCACUGGAAUCCUCUACUCUUUGUGAUUAUAAAAACGAUAUGAAUGCUAGCAAGAUCGUGGAUGAUAUUCCAGACCGGCCUGCUGGUAAUGGCGUUUACUCCGCCAUGUGGCAACUGUGCUUGGCACUUGUGUUCAAAAUCAUCAUGACCGUCUUCACAUUUGGCAUUAAGGUUCCAUCUGGCCUGUUUAUCCCCAGCAUGGCAAUUGGUGCCAUAGCAGGAAGGAUUGUGGGCAUUGCUGUGGAGCAGUUGGCUUAUUACCAUCAUGAUUGGUUCAUAUUCAAGCAGUGGUGUGAAGUAGGAGCAGACUGCAUCACCCCGGGGCUGUAUGCAAUGGUUGGGGCCGCUGCCUGUUUGGGUGGAGUAACUCGGAUGACAGUGUCUCUUGUCGUUAUCGUCUUUGAGCUCACAGGAGGAUUGGAGUACAUUGUACCACUAAUGGCGGCAGUAAUGACCAGUAAGUGGGUUGGAGAUGCUUUUGGACGGGAAGGCAUCUAUGAGUCUCAUAUACGACUGAAUGGCUAUCCUUUCUUGGAUGCAAAGGAAGAAUUCACACACACUACACUGGCACGUGAUGUGAUGAGGCCGAGGAGGAAUGACCCACCGCUAGCUGUUCUCACUCAAGAUAAUAUGACAGUAGAUGAUAUAGAAAGCCUGAUCAAUGAGACCAGCUUCAAUGGCUUCCCAGUAAUUAUGUCAAAGGAGUCUCAGCGGCUGGUUGGAUUUGCUCUGAGAAGAGACUUAACACUAGCAAUAGAAAAUGCAAGAAAAAAGCAGGAAGGCAUUGUUGGAAGUUCCCGGGUCUGCUUUGCUCAGCACACUCCAUCCCUGCCUGCAGAAAGCCCUCGCCCCUUGAAACUGCGCAGCAUCCUGGACAUGAGUCCCUUUACAGUAACUGACCAUACACCAAUGGAGAUCGUAGUGGAUAUAUUCCGCAAGCUGGGGCUUAGACAGUGCCUUGUCACUCACAAUGGGAUUGUCUUGGGGAUCAUCACAAAGAAGAACAUUUUAGAACAUCUCGAGCAUCUAAAGCAGCACCUGGAACCCUUGACGCCUCCUUGGCAUUAUCACAAAAAAAGAUAUUCUCCGUCAUAUGGCCCAAAUGGCAAACCACGACCCAGAGUUGAUAAUGUUCAACUGAACAGCAUCCAAGAAGAGCAAGAGGAAAGUGAAGAGGAGGUUUUCUUGUUGAAGGACACUCUACCCUGAUAGGAGAGCAAUUUGGCACAUUGGUAAAAAGUGAAGAUGAUCAGUUUUACAGCAACGUUGCCUCCCUGCUUGCACAACUGCAUAAGAAAGUGCCGAGCUGUGGUGGGUCAUGCGCUGUGACUAACUUGCCACUAGAGGGCAGUGUAAUACUGUGACUACUAGAGCAUGAAAAAUAAAGGGCAUGUCUAUUACAGGAGUGUCUUAGACUUGCUCAUUUUGUCCCUGUUGCAUACUGGAAAUCUCCUGAAUUGAGCCAUCAUUAUUCAAGAUUUGUUGUCAUUGAAGGAAACCUGGUGUUUAUGCUAUCUGCUGUCCGAUACUAUGUUUUGUACAUUCCAGGACAGAUGUCAUUUCUCUCUAUACCUUAUCUUCUUCCAUCACCCCUCACCCCCGUUCCAAUGUACUCCACGAGGAGUCACGUAAUGCAGCAAGGUCUCAUAUUGAGAUAUACUGCCAUUCUCACGAGAAUCAUCCACAUACGUAUGUGCCAUAAAGCAGUGAGCUUAGCUUGGUACAGGGAUGCUGAAAAGCGCAGACGCUUUUUCAGCUCGGCCGCUUAGAAAACUGGAUUGUUUCAGAUGGCCCGUUGUGCUCUGUUCCAUGGUGUGACGUGGUUUAUGCAAUUUUCUUUUUUGUAUGCUGGGAAAUCCUUUAAUCUACUAAUGUUUUGCAGUGUUAAGACUGUUGCUAGAUGUCCCUGAUCCUUGACCUCGCCACAGGAAAGAGCGAGAAUGACUAGGAGCUGGAUGGACUGACAGUUUGCCAUGAGAUAGCAUUGCACUAUUUGAUGCUUCAGGAGAGCUGCGGAAUAAUCCCUCACCGUGACCUAUUCUUACCACCCAUACUUAUACAACAGCCACUGAGAACUGUUUCGAUUGCCCUACAUACAUAAUAUUAGAUUUUAAUGAUGUGAUGUUCCUUUGUAUUUAUCAUCUGUUUGAUUUGAAUCACUAAUCAGGGAAAUUGGGGAAACGAUUGGAGGAGAAACUUGAUUUAUAAUUGCACUAAUCGCACAUCUCUAACUAAUGUGGUCAUGGAUCUCCCAACUGGAGUCCAUUUUGGAUUAUAUUUGACACUUGAAAUUAAUUUGAUUUU